AUGAUCAGAGACGGCUCCUACGAGCCUAAGCUCGCCCAGUUCCUCCGCUCCACCGGCGGCGCCGCCGACCCCUCGGGGGGAGCCCACUGCGGCGGCGGGCUCGCCUUCCAGGAGCUCUUCCGGAAGGAGCUCACCCCCAGCGACGUCGGCAAGCUCAACCGGCUGGUCAUCCCCAAGAAGCACGCCGUCAAGUUCUUCCCCGGGUUACAGACCUCCGCCGCGGGUGACGGCGGCGCCGCCGCCGAGGGCGUGAUGGUGGCGUUCAGGGACCUGCAGGAGCGGCAGUGGGAGUUCCGGUACUGCUACUGGAGGAGUAGCCAGAGCUUCGUCUUCACCAAGGGAUGGAACAGGUUCGUUAAGACGAAAGGGCUCCGCCCCAAGGACGUCGUUAUAUUUUACCGCGGGGACGAUACGGGCGGCCGGAGGGAGCCCUUCUUGCUCAUUGACGUCGCCCUCCCACGCGGCGGCGCCGCCGAGGAGCCGCCGGAGACGGCGUCGGCCCGCGGCGGCGGCGGAGGACAGGCACUACUCACGAGCGGCUCCGGCGAGGUCGGCUGGGCGAGGAGAGGAGGGGAGGUGGUUGCGGCGGCGGCGGAGAUGCAGCCCAAGAGGGCCUUCCGCCUUUUCGGGGUCCAGAUCAGCGAGAGAUGA